AAUAUGAGAAGAGUUUGCUUGUUGUUUGAGGUAAAGGGGAAGGCUAAGCAACAGAGCUGGUAAGCAAAAAUGAGCUUCACGCGGAGAAGCUUUUGUACUUUCUCCGAAGACGUGCCGGUUUCUUCAUGUUUUUUCCUCGCAACAACUAUUAAAUAUUAUGAAACUAUGCGACUCGUUCAUGGCUUCGGCUUCAAUGCAUGCAGUACAAAAAGGGAUCACGAGGUGAGGCGUGAGAAACUUUGUUCUUCUCCCAAACCUGUUGCCCCUCGCCUUCAGCUUCAUGAGCGCUAUGUUUCAGAUUUCGCUCAUCAUUAUGGUGGUUCUACUAACAACGAGCCCAGCUUUUGGAAAUGAAUUUGCUAAACAUCGACUUGAGGUGAUCAAAUCGAGUCAUGGUGCUGUUGCCACUGAUGAUCGGCGGUGCUCUCGGAUUGGGCGAGAGGUCCUUAAGGAGGGAGGUCAUGCGGUGGAUGCAACCGUGGCGUCUGUCCUUUGCUUGGGCGUGGUUAGCUCUGCGUCAAGUGGUAUUGGAGGCGGUGCUUUCAUGAUUCUGAGGUUGGCAGAUGGAAAAGCGCAGGCCUUCGAUAGCCGGGAAACGGCUCCGCUACUUGCUUCAGAGAAUAUGUAUGGUGGCAAUACUUCACUGAAAGCAAGCGGUGCCCUUUCCAUUGGAGUACCAGGGGAACUUGCAGGCCUUCAUGAAGCAUGGAAUCAACACGGAAAGCUUCCUUGGUCAAGGCUCGUACGGCCCGCUGCAAUUCUCGCUCGAGCUUUCAAAAUUUCUCCUUAUUUACACAUGCAAAUGAGUAAAACUGAAAAUGAGAUUUUGGCGGAUGAGGGCUUGCGGCAAAUAUUUACAUUAAAUGGGUCCCUUCUACAAAUUGGUGAUCUUUGUCACAAUAUUCGACUUGCACAUACAUUAGAAGCUAUUGCAAGGCAUGGACCCCAGGUUUUUUAUAAUGGUUCUAUUGGAAUCGCGUUGGUGAAAGAUAUUAGAAAAUUGGGAGGAAUAAUUACGAUGAGAGACUUGCGAGAGUACAGAGUAAGCAUUAAGGAGCCAAUAUCGGCUGAUGUGAUGGGGGUGAAUAUUCUUGGAAUGCCGCCGCCUUCAUCUGGUGGUGCUGGAAUGACGCUUAUUUUAAACAUCCUUUCUCAAUAUGGAAUUCCUUCUGGUGUUUCUGGCUCUCUUGGGCUUCAUCGAUUGAUAGAAUCACUGAAACACAUGUUUGCUGUAAGAAUGAAUUUAGGGGAUCCUGACUUUGUAAACGUUACAAAAGUUCUUUCUGAUAUGUUAUCCCCUAAGUUUGCGCAUGAGCUGAAGAAGACCAUAUUAGAUAAUAUGACAUUCACUCCUGACCACUAUGGUGGAAAGUGGAACGUACUCAGCGACCAUGGAACUAGUCACUUAUGCAUUGUUGAUGGCGAACGAAAUGCCGUUUCGAUGACGAGCACUGUUAAUUCGUACUUUGGAGCACAUAUUCUUUCACCAAGUACGGGCAUUUUGCUUAACAAUGAAAUGGAUGAUUUUUCCAUCCCCAUGAAUAUUACUGCAAAUGUUCCUCCACCAGCUCCUGCAAACUUCAUUAGACCAUUGAAAAGGCCAUUAUCAUCUAUGUCACCAACAAUUGUUGUCGAGGAUGGGCAACUAAAAGCUGUAGUGGGAGCAAGUGGAGGAAGUAUGAUUAUUGCAGGGACUACAGAGGUUUUCUUGAAUCAUUUUGCAAAGAGAAUGGAUCCACUCAGCUCUGUAAUGGCUCCAAGAUUAUAUCAUCAGUUGAUACCUAAUGUUGUUCAAUACGAGAACUGGACUACAGUCAGUGGAGACCAUUUCGAAGUUCCUGCUGCUGCAAGGCAGGCCUUACAGAAGAAGGGCCAUGUCCUACAACCUCUGGCCGGUGGGACUAUCUGUCAGUUCAUUGUUCACAACUUCCAGAAAUCAAUAUCACAUGGAAAACUCAAGCUGGGUAGCCUAACCGCAGUUAGUGAUCCAAGGAAAGGGGGAUUGCCUGCUGGCUACUGAGUUCUUCAAAUUAUUUGCAAAUUUGAAAAAAAAAAAUUGAUUUUUACAGUCCUGAAAAUUAAAAAAUUUAUUUGAAAUGUUGGAUAUGGUUUUGUUCAGAUGUAAAGCAUGAUGGGAUAUGUUGGUAUAAAGAGCUUCAUUGUUUUGGUUGUAGUUUGAAUUAGAGAACGAUGCACUGUCUUUUUAUUGGAAAAUUUACAUACAUACCAUACAGUUCUUAUAUAUUUACAUAUCUAGUACUCAAAGUUUGAUAUUUGUACGAAUAAUAUUUCGAUGU